CGGGGCGACGGCGACAUGCCCCUCUGCCGUAAAGCGCGGCCGGGCGCCCUGCUGCGGGAGCCUGGUCGGGGCGGGAUGCUAGGCGGCGGCGGCGGCGGCGGCGGCGGCGGGGGGAACGGGGCCGCCGGGGGGGCGCCGCUGCCGCUGCUGCACCCGCGGACGGGGCGGCUGGUGACGGUGUCGCGCGGCGGGCGGAGCGCGGCUCGCUCGCAGCCGGGCCAGGAGUUCAACCACGGGCUGGUGCUCAGCCGCGAGCCCCUCGCCCCCGGCGCCGUCUUCACCGUCCGCAUCGACCGCAAGGUCAACUCCUGGAGCGGCUCCAUCGAGAUUGGGGUCACGGCCUUAGACCCCAGCCUCCUUGAUUUCCCCAGCAGCGCCACCGGCCUCAAGGGGGGCUCCUGGAUCAUCUCCGGCUGCUCGGUGCUGCGGGACGGGCGCUCCAUCUUGGAAGAAUACGGGCAAGACCUGGACCAGUUGGGUGAAGGUGACCGGGUGGGCAUUCAGCGGACAGCCAGCGGGGAGCUGCGCCUGUGGGUCAACGGGCAGGACUGCGGCGUGGCAGCCACGGGCAUCCCGCCCCGCGUCUGGGCUGUGGUCGACUUGUAUGGCAAGUGCACCCAGAUCACUGUGGUGCCCGGCAACCCGGAGGAGGCAGAGGAAGGAGCUGCCCGCGAUGAAGCUCCGGAGCCGCCUUGCAAUCAGACCCGGCCAGAUAAAUUUCCCAGCAGCCUGGAAUCGGAGAAUGGUUUCUCCAGCAUGGAGCUGUCGGAGGUCGUGGGCAACGCCAUCCUGUCCGCCUACAACGGGAGCCUGCUGAACGUCAACCUGGGCAGCCCCCCCUCGGACUCCCCCCCCUGCGGGGCCCCGCCCAUGACCUCCAACGACGCCCUCCUCUUCCACGAGAAGUGCGGCACGCUGAUCAAGCUGAGCAACAACAACAAGACGGCGGAGAGGCGCCGGCCGUUGGACGAGUUCAACAACGGGGUGGUCAUGACCAACCGCCCGCUGCGGGACAACGAGAUGUUUGAGAUCCGAAUUGACAAGUUGGUGGAUAAAUGGUCGGGGUCCAUAGAAAUCGGGGUCACCACGCACAAUCCCAACAACUUGGAGUACCCGGCCACCAUGACCAAUCUGCGCUCAGGAACCAUCAUGAUGAGCGGCUGCGGCAUCCUGACAAACGGCAAAGGGACACGAAGGGAGUACUGUGAGUUCAGCUUGGAUGAGUUGCAGGAGGGCGACCACAUUGGCCUGACCAGGAAGUCCAACAACGCCCUUCACUUCUACAUCAACGGCAUUGACCAAGGUGUUGCCACCACCCUCACCCCCUUGGUGGUCUACGGCGUGGUGGAUCUCUACGGCAUGGCCGUGAAGGUCACCAUUGUGCACAACCACAAUCACAGCGACCGACUUCGGCGCAACAACGCCAUCAUGAGGGCGCUCUCCCCAGACGUGGGGCGCCGGGCCAUUGAUGCUGCAGGGAACGAGCCAGAGCCGGAACGCCUCCUUUUCCACCCAAACUGCGGGCAGAAAGCCGCCAUCAUCAACGAGGGGCGGACCGCACUACGGCCUCAUGCCACGGACGACUUUAACCACGGAGUGGUCCUGAGCAACCGGCCGCUGCGGAACGGCGAGGUCUUCCAGGUGCGGAUUGACAAGAUGGUGGACAAAUGGGCUGGCUCCAUUGAGAUUGGCGUCACCACCCACAACCCCACGUACCUGCAGCUGCCGUCCACGAUGACCAACCUGCGGUCAGGAACCUGGAUGAUGACCGGGAACGGGGUGAUGCACAACGGUACCACCAUCCUGGAUGAAUACGGCCACAACCUGGAUCGCUUGAAGGCAGGCGACACUGUGGGGGUCGUGCGGAAGGAGGACGGGACCCUGCAUUUCUUCGUCAACGGCGUGGCACAAGGCCCAGCCGCCUGGAACGUCCCGCCAAACAUCUACGCCGUGGCGGAUCUCUACGGGCAGGCAGCCCAAGCCACCAUCGUGGAUGACACAGAUCUUCUUCCCCUUCCCGACGAUCUCUCGGAGGGGAACAACCAACUCUCCCCCAGCAGCCCGUCUUCUGUGGCUUCGGGCAGCGACCUGCGUUUCCACCACCUGCACGGCAACAACGCCGUCAUCAUGAACGGGGGGCGCACAGCCCUGCGCCAGAACUGCCGCAGUGAAUUCAACGAUGCCAUCGUCAUCUCCAACCGGCCCCUCCGGGAUGGGGAGCUCUUCGAAAUCAUAAUCCAGAAGAUGGUGGAUCGCUGGUCGGGCUCCAUUGAAGCAGGAGUCACGGCCAUCCGCCCGGAGGACCUGGAAUUUCCCAAUACAAUGACAGACAUCGACUACGAUACCUGGAUGCUCAGCGGCACCGCCAUCAUGCAGGACGGAAACACCAUGCGUAACAACUACGGCUGUGACUUGGACUCGCUGACCACCGGCUCGCGCAUCGGCAUGAUGCGCACGGCCAAGGGCGACCUGCACUACUUCAUCAACAGCGUUGACCAGGGAGUGGCUUGCUCCGGGCUGCCCCCAGGGAAGGAGGUCUACGCCGUGGUCGACCUCUACGGCCAGUGCGUCCAGGUGUCCAUCACCAGCUCCACCGGGCCCCUGGACAACAGCCUCUCCACCAGCAACAUCACGGAGAAAUCCUUCCCCAUCCACUCCCCAGUUCCCGGGGUGGCCCACCGCUUCCACGGCAGCUGCGGCAAGAACGUGGCCUUCCAGGACGACGGGUGCCGGGCCGUGCGGGUGGCCGGCUUCUGCCACGGCAUCGUCUUCAGCAUGAAGGAGCUGAAGACGGACGAAGUCUUCGAGGUGAAGAUCGAUGAGCUGGACAAGAAGUGGUCGGGGUCCAUCCAUGUGGGUUUGACCACCCUGCUGCCCUCGGACGCCUCCGGCAUGGCCACAGGGCUGCCCUCCUGCGUCUUGGAGCUCUGCUCCAAGGUGACCUGGCUGGUGACCGGCUCAGAGGUCCGGCGCAACGGCAUCCUGCACAAGCAGAACUACGGGCAUUCCCUGGAGCGCCUUGGGGUGGGGAGCCGCGUGGGCGUGAAGCGCUGCACCGACGACACCAUGCACGUGCUGAUCGACGGAGAGGACAUGGGUCCGGCCGCGACAGGCGUGGCCAAGAACGCCUACGUGGUGUUGGACCUCUACGGCCGGGUGACGUCGGUCUCCAUCGUCAGCUCCACCAUGCUGGAAGAGGCAGAGGGCACCCACCCCCCCUCGGUCACCUCGGAGCCCUACAGCGAAGAGGAGGAAGAGCCCACGCCGUGCGAAAACGAUACCCCCUCUGUCAGCCCCCCCAUGGAAUUCCUUGAAAAUCACGGGAAGAACAUCCUCUUGUCCAACGGCAACCUGACGGCCACUCGGGUGUCCAGCUACAACCAGGGCAUUGUGGUGGUGGCUCGGCCUCUGCCGCAGCAGCAGCUGUUCCAGUUCCAGAUAGACUCCCUCAACCCCCAGUGGACAGCCUCGCUCUCGCUGGGCGUCAUAGGCAGUUCUCCGGAGCGGCUCAACUUCCCGGCCACGGCGUGCUCUCUGAAGCGCUCCACGUGGCUGCUGCAGCGUGACUCGGUUUUCCACAACUCACUCAAGAUCUGCGAGAACUACGGCCCCAACCUGGACACCUGCCCCGAGGGAACGGUGUUGGGGGUGCUGGUGGACGCCAGCGGCUGCCUCCACCUGUACAUCAACGGCAUCGACCAGGGCGUGGCUGCGCAGGACAUCCCCAGCCCCUGCCAUGUGCUGAUCGAUCUCUACGGGCAGUGCGAGCAGGUCACCAUCAUGACCAAUGACGCCCCUGCAGUGGGAGCAGAGGGCACGGAUCCCCAAGGCCCAGGGGACAUGGAGAAGGCCGACAUGGUGGAUGGCAUCAAGGAGAGUGUGUGCUGGACCCCUCCCGUGGACCUGAACCCCACCAAGGUUUGCGAGUAUCACGCCCUCUGCGCGCGUUUCAAGGACCUGCUUCUCUUGCCAGACGCUUAUUUUGCCGAAGACCCGAAGCUGAGCCUCUGCUACUGCGAGUCGUGCCACAGGCUCCGGGGUGACGAGGCCUAUUACAAGCGGGGGGAGCCCCCCCGGGACUACGCCUUGCCUUUCGGGUGGUGCCGCUUCGACCUCAGAGUAAACCCCCGACUGGAAGUGGCCAGCACCUCGAAGAAGUGGCACGUGGCCUACCACGGGACAAGCAUCGGAGCCGUGCGCCGCAUGUUGGAUCACGGAGAAUUGGUGCCAGGGAGCACGUCUAUUCUGAGCUGCCGCCCGGUGAAGGCCGACCCACAGGGAGGGGGGACCGGCAGUGGCGGCAACGGGGGGUACCUAGAGGCGGAGGAGAACAGCGUGCAAGGGCGUGAGGAGCCACACCACGUCUUGCUGUCCCCCACGCUGCGCUACGCAGGCCUGGAGCCUUUUGCCACCAAAGUGCAAUUCAAAGACCCAAAGUCGCACCGGCCGCACGCCGCCCAGGUGGCCUUCCAAGUGUGCGUGCGCCCCGGCUCCUACAAGGUCUGCCCCCCAUCGCUGGCGGCCCCCGAGACCGUGGACCCCCGCUUCAGCAGCGCCGAGAUCGAGUGGGUCACCAAGGAGAAAGGUGCUACCGUCCUCUUUGGGCUCCUGGUCCGUGUGGAGUGAGGCGGGAGACGCAGCAGCCUUGGCCGAAGCCCCGCGCCCCCCGCUGCUCAGCCUUCGGUGGCAGCGCCCGGACCGGGCGGAAGCAGCACGCCUGGGGCUGGGAGGGUCUCUUGCAGCCAGCAGGCGUGCCAGACGGACUCGAGAGAGCUCUGGUGGGGGGCAAGGGGGGCUGCCUCCUGGGGCUGCUUUCCUCCUUUUUUUUUCUUUUGCACAGAGACAAGCUAAAGGGGAGGGAGUCUGGGAGGCUGUCCAGAGCAUGAAGGGGGGGUCAGGAAAGGGGGUAUUUAGUUGCCACAAAAGGACUUCAUUGAAUUUUGGACCUGGGGGGGCUCUUUCUGGAACCCCCGGGGAUUUCUAUAGACCGACAACAACAUUUCCCUUCCUGCCCCGCCCUGCUGUGGUUUGAAAUGCUUUUUCCUCGCAUUGGUGCCUCUUUCCCUGGGAACGGAGCAGGCCGGGGUGGGGGGGUCCUCUUUUUCCUUGAUGGCAACACCUGGUGGGCACUUAGGCAUGAACUGAGCUUGUGGGGGGCUCACCCAGACCCCCUCCCCUUGUCACGGAGCUGCUCUUUUGGACUUUCAGGGUGGACCUGAACCUCUCGGCUUCUCCAUACGUGACACUGCAUUUAAUCCCCUUGCCUGCCCCCCCGCCCAGGCUUGGUUCAUUCUAGGGCAGGGGACAGGCUAGCAGGGGGCCGUGCAGCUCAGCUUUGCAGAGGUGGUCUGCAAGCACUUCCCCUUGUGCCCUCCGUGGACGUAGGGUGCGGUUUGCUAAGUUUGCACCCAGGCGCCGUGAGCUCAGAAGGGGCAGCCCACGUGAGACCGAUCGUCCACCCUCCCUAUAAAGAAGCACACCUUACUCAGAUUUUGGGGUCACUUCGUUGCUCUUACUCUCCCGGUUCGACAAACACCCGUCCCCGUUUACGGGGGCAGAGGGAUACCUGUGCAGACGCGCACGUUCACCUCCCCCUCCCCUUAUUUAUUGAUGUCUUGAUCGUCAGACAAACAAAUGUGAAUUUUUUUAGGGGGCAAAGGAUGUAAGGCGCACGAUGCCCAUUUCUUUCCCUUCGAUUUAUAUUUUAAAUGCUAUUUAUGCUGCUUCUUCACUUUAUUUGUUGAAAAAUUGCCUUUUUUUUUUUUUACAUCUGUCUGAAGCUGUGUGGGGAUUUUGUUUCUUUUGAUGGUUUCCUCCACCACCACCACCACCCUUUUUUUUUUUGGACAAAAAUUACAAGCCUGUACAAAAGUUCCCCUUCCCUCCAAGGGUUUAUAAACCACAGUUCAACUGG